AUGGUCAGCUCCUGCUGCUUGGCUCCUACCUGCUGCCAGCCAACAUGCUGCAAGACAGUCUGCUGCAGAACAACUUGCUGUAAGCCAACAUGCCGUGUGCCCAGAUGCUGCCAACCCAUCACUUGUGGCUCUAGCUGCUGCAUACCUUGCUGCCAGCCAACUUGUUGUAGAACAGUCUGCUGCAGAACAAUUUGUGAGCCAAUCUGUUGUGAGCCCAGCUGCUGCCAACCUUGCUGUCAGCCAUCCUGCUGUGAGUCCAGCUACUGUCAGCCGACAUGUUGUAGGACAGUUUGCUGGAGAAAAACUUGUUGUGAGCCAACCUGCUGUGAAUCCAGCUGCUACCAACCUACCACCUGUGGCUCCACCUGCUGCCCACCUUGCUGCCAGCCAACCUGUUAUAGAACAGUCUGCUGCCAAACAACUUCUUGUAAGCCAACCUGCUGUGUUCCCAGCUGCUGCCAACCUUGCUGUCAGCCUUCAUGCUGUCAGCCAACUUGCUGCAAAACAAUCUGCUACCAUUCACCCUUCUACAGCCCCAGCGGUUGUGGGUCCAAUUGCUGCUCCCCAUCCUGCUGUUGA